AUGGUGUUGCAUAAAAUAGCAAUUGUAUUUCUAUUAUUAUAUUUUUGGCAAAUGGCAGAAAGUGCAUCCAUUCUAGCGCUGUUCUCAUCUCUGUCUUUUUCUGACCACAUUGUUUUUAGAGGAUAUAUAUCACUUUUAGCGCAGAAAGGUCACUCGAUUGUAGUAAUGACACCUUACCCUGGCCACUUCUCAUAUCCAGACAUAGAAAAGAUCGUCGAGUUAAAUGUCGGAGAAGAAUCUGCGCCCUAUUGGGAAGAAUAUAGGAAUCUAAUGAUAGAUACUGAUGAUUAUUAUCCGAGAAUGAGAGAAAUUAAUGACCAUUAUAUUAAAGUGGCAGUUGCGCAACUUAAAUCGAAGCCCAUGACGGCAUUGUUUAUCAAUCCAAAUGUUAAGUUCGAUCUGGUUAUUACGGAAGCUGACGUGCCGGUCUUGUAUGCAGUUGCGGAUAAGUAUCAAGUUCCUCACAUUGCUAUAACACCUUCAAGUGGUAAGAUACAUCAAUACGAAUCAAAAGGAUCGCCCAUUCAUCCGAUAUUAUAUCCUGAUGUGAACAGUCUGAAUUAUAGAAAUUUAAGUCGGUGGCAGAAAAUUGUGGAAAUAAAUCGCCAUUUCCAAACCAGAAAUGAGUAUUAUUACAAUUACCUUCCACGUUGCGAAGUUGCCGCGCGAAGGAUAUUCGGACUUACAAAAAGUUUACAGGACAUCGAAUACGAUAUAGAUUUAUUAUUUGUAGCUGCUAAUCCUUUAUUAAUUGGCAAUAGACCAAGCCCGCCCGCGAUAACAUAUGUCGAUCGUUUGCAUAUUAGACCUGGUUUUCAGCUACCAGAGGAACUUAGAAGAAUAUUAGAUUCUGCCUCAAAAGGAGUUAUAUACUUUAGUCUUGGAGCAAUUCAGGAACCAGAACAUCUAUCAGUAAAUGUAUUGCAGACUUUAGUCGAUGCUUUCAGGGAAUUGCCAUUUUUAGUAUUGUGGAAGAUUAGUAAUACUACUGUGGUAGAUAUACCUAAAAAUGUAAUUGCCCACGCGUGGUUUCCACAACAGGAAGUAUUAGCCCAUCCAAAUGUCAAAGCGUUUAUUACACAUGGCGGCGCAAGGUCAUUGGAAGAAGCCCUAUUCUAUGAAGUUCCAAUAAUUGGACUUCCAAUAGUGAGAUCCAGAAAAGUUUUUAUCGGAGAGAUUAUUCGAUAUGGAGCUGGGGAGAUCUUAGACCCAUAUUAUUUAGAAAAAGAAAAUUUAAUGGAAAUAAUCACAUCAGUUGCUACUGAUGACAAGUACAAAAAAUCAAUGUCGAAAUUGAAGAAUAUGGUUGUGGAUCCAAUCAUAUCAGGUCCUGAAAAUGCGGUGUGGUAUACAGAAUUCCUUUUGCGUCAUGGGAGCACUAAACAUUUGAGAAAUCCAGCCGUUGGACUUAGUAUCUUUAAAUAUUAUAUGUUGGAUAUGAUUGGCAUUUUAUUAUUUAUAUCUAUAACGUUGCUUACAGCAUCGUUUUAUAUUGUACGCUAUGUUUUGAAACGUAUACGUAAGCGCAUUCUUCAAAGGUUCGUUGAGUCAAGUAAGUUCAAGGCCUUGUAA